UGGGAAGGAAAAAACUGCGCACCAGCGGAAGUCAACACAGUUGUAAGAUUUUCGUAGGUGGGAGCACAAGACAAACCAAGCGGUAAUUUGUCACUUCGCAACGUUUCGGCCCCUUUCAGACCUUAUGGCUUCCAGUUCCAACAUAGAUAUAGAAGGGGCGACUCAGCACCUGAGAGAUAUCUUAAAACUGGAUCGACCCACUAACUCAACCGAGAGCACUGCAGGUGAGAGCCAGCGGAAGACCUCGUGUAAUGGAGAGCUAAACGGCCUGCUGGGGACUGACCUUAUUGGAGCAGGAGUUCUAAGCACUGUGAUGGAUCCGACAACUCACAGCUCUGACAACAUAAACAUGGCAGAUACUCAGACAAUUUCUCUGACUGGAGAUGACGGCUCUACCUGUAUUCCCAUCACAGCAAGCAAUGUAGUAAUUGUUGCCAGCCAAGACUCCAGUAUUGACAGUAAAGCUCGUGGGAGUAAUAAGGUUAAAAUCCAGCCAGUGGCAAAAUAUGACUGGGAGCACAAAUACUACUAUGGCAACCUAAUAGCAGUGUCUAAUGCGUACUUGGCGUAUGCCAUUCGAGGUGCCAGUAAUCAGUAUAUGAUCCGGGUCCUGCGAUUGGGCUCGACGGAGCGCACACUGCUUAAGGGUUUCACAGGAGCUGUCACAGACCUGGCCUUCGCCCAUCUUGACUCCACCCUUUUGGGUUGCGUGGAUGAAGCCGGCAACAUGUUCAUCUGGCAGCUCACCAGCCAAAACAGCAAAAUCCAAGAUGAAGUGAUUGUGCACAUUCGGAGACCUGAUGACACACCGCUGAACUCAAGCCGUAGACUCAUCUGGUGCCCCUUCAUUCCUGAGGACAAUGAGGAGAACCCAGAGGACUGCUGCCAGACAAUAGCAUUGCUGCAUGAAGAUAGAGCUGAGGUUUGGGACCUUGACAUCCUACGCUCUAGCAACACCAAGUGGCCUGUCGAUGCUACAGAGAUUAAAGAGGGCUUCAUCGCCAUUAAAGGACACACAGCGCGUAUCAGUGAGGGAGCUCUGUCUCCAGACGGCACCGUUCUCGCCACAGCCAGUCACGAUGGCUAUGUCAAAUUCUGGCAGAUUUACAUUGAAGGGCUGGACCAACCAAGAUGUCUUCAUGAGUGGCAGCCACAUAACGGAAGGCCUCUCUCCUGCCUCCUCUUCUGUGACAACCAUAAGAAGCAGGACCCAGAAGUUCCGUUCUGGCGAUUCUUAAUCACAGGAGCAGAUCAGAACCAGGAACUGAAGAUGUGGUGCACAGUAUCAUGGACCUGUCUACAGACUAUUAAGUUUAACCCUGACCCAGUUAACUCGAGUGUUCUGCCCAGUCUGAAAGCCAGUCUGGACCUAUCUGCUGAGUGCCUUAUCCUAACAGAUGUGCAGAGGAAGGUUCUGUAUGUGAUGGAGCUACUUCAAGAUCAGGAAAAGGGCCAUGCAAGCUUUAUGGCUGUCUCAGAGUUCUUACUCACACACCCUGUCCUAAGUUUUGGUGUCCAGGAUGUCAGUCAUGCUCGCUUGCGCCACACCGAAGUCCUCCCUCCAGACGAGGAGAGUGAAAGCAUGACGACAGAGGGAAGCCAGGGACCUUUGGAGUCAAAAUCAGGAAUCCAGAUCAAGCUUUACUGUGUGCAUACAAAAUCCCUUCAGGAUGUGCAGAUCUGGUUCCAACCCAAUCAGGGUGCUGCUGCUGCCUCCCUGUUUUUGCCUACGUGUUCUGGCCCUCCCGACAGCUUUGGCUUUGCAGACCCUCUGACUGAUUUGAGCAUGGAGAUGUUGAGCUCAGAUAAGGAAUCUGGUGCAAGCGAUUCACAGAGCGACCUGUGUAAGAUCCCCUCUCUCCCGGCUCCAGCUGACUUCUUGAGCCCCUCCGGCUCGACCAUGCCCAAACUCAUGACCCCGGAUGCCUUCAUGACACCCAGUGCAUCUGUCCCAGCCUCCCCUGGCAGCAGUGCUAGCAGUUUGACUAUAGUAACAGCCAUGAGCAGCUCUGACAGCGGUCCAAGAGCUGCAGAGGACCUCACCCAGAGCCCUAAGCUGUGUACAGAUGCAGCCAGUAGCAGCUUAAACCUCAGUGCCAACACUAGCAGUCCAAGAGCCAACUCUAUUCUCAUUUCAGGCCUGGGAGAGAACAUCCAGGUGCUGCCCUCUCCAAACCCCUCCAUGUCUUUGGAUCUCCAGGCCAUGGAACCUGUGCUGCUGCCACAGGCAUCGCCUACUAGAACUCGUUCUCCUGAUGUAAUCUCUUCAGCCUCCACGGCCAUGUCGCAGGACAUCAUCCCUGAGAUUGCCUCCGAGACGUUGCCAAGGGGGAUGGCUGAGGCACGCGAUCCUCUCCAGGGGCUGCAGGACAGCAUGGCAUCAGCAGCCUCAGCGCUGCACCUGCUUUCACCUCUGGAACUAAGCGGUGGAGCAUCUGGAGAUACUGAGCAAAGGCUCAGCAGCACACCCUCAUUGCUGGAGACCGCGCUGUCACAGGAAAAUGCUGUAAAUGCUGUUGCAUCAUCCUGCUCUGAAAGUGGUGCCAGCCGCAGCUGGCCUGCAGCACCGGAUAUAACACGUGAAACAAGGAACAGCCUGCGAGAUAACGGCCUGGGAGAAUGCUCUAGAGAGGACUUGAAGGACUUGCACAUGUCAUCCCCCUUCCACAGACGCACCUACCACCUAACACAGAAUGACAGCCAGGAUGCCAGUGCAGAGCAGAGUGAUCAUGAUGAUGAGGUGGCCAGUCUGGCGUCAUCUUCAGGAAACUGUGGCUCUCGAGCCUCUCACAGACUGCCAGUGAAGGACUGGAAGUCUUCACCUCGUGGCUCACCCAAACUCAAGCGCAAGAGCAAGAAAGAUGAGGGCGAUUCCUCACAGUCCAGGCAUUUGGAUAAUCAGAUGAGCGUGGAGGUACAGGAGGAGCUGCUGUUGCUACUUAGGAGCCAACAGAGGGAGCUGGAUGAGCUGCGGCAGAGCCAGCAGGAGCUGUUGCAGAGGCUCACGGGCCACAUGGAUGCUGUCCAGAGCUCCAUAAUGGCCCACGUAGAGCAUGUCCUGCUCACCCAGCAGGAACAGGGACAAAGAACAGUGGAGCGGGUGUUGGCAGAAGGACACGCACAUAAUCAGCAGCUCCAGGAACACCUCUCACAGCAGCUAGCUCACACCUUGGGCACCACCGUCUCAAAUCGCCUAGACAAAGUGUUGCGUGAAGAGAUGAAGAAAACAGUUCCUCAGACCGUAAACAAGAGUCUGGAACCCUUGACCGGACAGAUGAGUAACAUUAUUGCAGCCAAGCUUACUUCAGUGGAGGCCACGCUAAAGGAGAAUGUCACCAAAGUUGUUAAGUCUAAGAACACUACUGAUGCCAUUGGCCGAGCCGCAGCUGAAGCCAUGCAGGGUCCCAUACAGGCAGCCUACAAAGAUGCCUUCCAAAGCAUUGUGCUCCCUGUGUUUGAGCGUGGCUGUCAGUCCAUGUUUCAGCAAAUUAAUGACAGCUUUAAACAAGGAACCAACGAGUACAUUCAGCAGCUGGAGACACAUGUCAAGAACAGGAAGCAGCGUGAGCAAGAUGCUCGAGACCCUGUAAUUGGUCAGCUGCAGCAGAUGAUUGAUUCAUUACAGACUUCCCAAGACCAGCUGGCCACCACAGUAGCAGCAAGUGUGCGCACUGAGGUUCAACACCAACUCCACCUGAUUGUGGGAAAUCUGCAGGAUUCGAUCCUGAGCCAAGUGCAGCGCAUUGUAAAGGGCGAGGUGAGCCAGGCUAUGAAGGAGCAGCAGGCAGUAGUCACAUCCAGCAUCAUGCAGGCCAUGCGCUCUGCGGCCAGCACGCCUGUCCCCACUGCCCACCUCGAUUUCCAGGCACAGCAGGCCAACAUCCUGCAGCUGCUGCAACAGGGCCAGCUUAACGAGGCUUUCCAGCAGGCCUUGUCUGCAGCCGAUCUGAACCUGGUACUGUACGUGUGUGAGACCGUCGACUCUCAGCAGGUGUUUGGUCAGACUCCCUGCCCCCUGCACCAGGCCGUACUGCUCUCACUCAUCCAGCAGCUCUCCACUAACCUGGUUACACGCACUGACCUCAAGAUCAGCUAUCUGGAGGAUGCAGUGAUGAACCUAGAUCAUGGCGACCCAGUCACCAGGGACCACAUGAGUGCCGUGCUGUCACAAGUGCGUCAGAAGCUGUUCCAGUUCCUGCAGCAGGACCCUCACAGCUCCCUGAGCAAGCGUGCCCGCCGCCUCCUGAUGAUGCUGCAGGGUCUUGUUAACCACUAGCUAGCACACUCCCUCUCUGCUCUCCACUCGUCCGUCUGCAGUCUUAUCGACGUUCAUGCGCUCCUACCCUGCCCCUACCCCCUCCCUCACCCUUCCUGUACAGCUCACUAUGCUUUGCUCAGUAGCACAAAUGAUCCUCAGCGGGUUGCGUGAUGGGAGAUGUAGUUCAGAUAGAGACACCGUAAUUUGCUUUAUGACAGCACUACAUUUUCCAUCAAGCCCACUGAGAUACAGUAGAUAUAGUAUGUGACAUUCUUGAGCCAGUUUUUGCAGUUUGGUCUUUUAUUGUUUCUAGUACUAAGGAAAUAGUUUGCUCUGUUUCAUGCUGAGACAAAAGAAUUUUUGUUUUUCUCGUGCUAUCAUUCUUGCAACGUGACACUCAGCUCCGGAUGUUCUGUUAAAGAACCCGUCGUUUCAAAAUCACUAAUUAACGAUUCUUUUCAGGAGAAGCUUCUCCAGCUGAAUAUACCCUGCAUUGAACUGCUGCACUCAUAACUCAUGCAAUUCACACAUUGUGCAUCUGAUUAGUCUACAAACGGUUUCUGAACGAUAACAUCCAUCGACUUUACAUGCCGAAAAGGAGUGCUUAGUUUGGUUUAUGUAUAAGCUCUCCGACGUUGCACCGAGAGUCGGUUGACUUUAUAAAAGUGUAGUGCUCAUGUUCGGUCUCCAGGGGGCAGGAAUUUAUAUGGCUUCCCAUCUGCCUUUAUAUCUCUCUGUUUAUUUGCUUUUUUCUUUCUUCUUUUUUCCUCCCCAGCCGUCUUGAGAAGCACUGUUUCCCUCACUCAGAUUUAGUUCUGCCCAUUUUUGUUUGGAUGUUGUUGGGCAAACUGGCUGAAACCAGAAGCUUGGUUUAGUUCUUUUCAAUUUGAAACAUAACAAAAAAAUCUGUGAUAAAACUGGGGAAUAAAAGUGGUGCGACAUUACACACAAAUUUAUUUGGUCAUGUUCUCAUUAGAGCAAAGAGAGAAAUUUACAGAAAGUGCCUUAUUAGACAUGGCUAAUGUGCUACUGGAUCCCCACCAGAUGGGCCAUAUAGCUUUGUGUGUGAGCGGAAUGUCCACUCCUUAAACAUUUAUCUUUGUUUUUUUGUUACUGGGGAGGGACAGAAAUGCAUCUGGGCAGCCAGAUGGUUUACCAAAUUAUUUUGUUAAAAGUACUCUGAAAAAAGAUUUGAACUAAAAACUCUUAUAUGACCGACGUGUAGAUGAGACAUCUAAUUAGAUGUAAUUGUUGGGGCACAUUUAUGACCACACAGCAGACUGUAGACGUUAUUUUUUGAUUUGCGGGGUUUUUUUUUUUUAAAUACCGUUCAGGCCCCUCAUUAGUGUUACUUGUACUCUUUAAGUGCUUAAAUCACCUUAGUUAAUUGUUGAUUUGUUACUAAAACACUGAACAUAACACAAAGCAUUGGGGAUUAACUAACAAGGACGUGCUAAGCUGAGAAUGUUUGCAUGCUGCUGAGAUGAGCCGUGUGUAUAUUCACUAUAAGAUGCUUGUCAAUUCCCAUUAGUGUUGGGUGUAAGAUAUGCCUGCAUUUAUCUCCUCAUCCCUCAUUCAUAUGUAUAGCUCCUUCACCUUUCUUUUCUUAACCCAGUGCUCUGUGGUUGAUUCAGGUUUUUUUCCGUGUACGUUUUCAGUCUUCAGUUAAAUCAAACCUUCGUCUUGUAGGCAGGUAAAUGCAGUGUAAAAUAAUCUGACAGUUUUGAUGUUCAUGAGUACUGUUUGUGCCGGAUACUGAUCAGGGUUAUGCAUCAGAAACAUACAGACAUGAAUGUCAGAACCUUGCACAUAAAUGAUCUGUUAAACAACUUGUUUUUCCAAGUUUGCAUUUAAAAUCUAGCUCUUGUUUUCUUUAUGACUAAUAUGCAUCAUUUGUUAAUGACGUUUUUUUUGGGGUUUUUUUUUUUCUUGUUUCCGUCGUUCAGGAUUUUCCUUGUGCUUGAUUUAUGUUGUAUAUUUUACACCAACUUCUUUUACCAUAGAUGUUUUGGAAUAAAAAAAGAAAAUACUUUGUUCAGUUAUAUGUUCA